CUAUAGGGCCGAACUCCUCUCUCUCUCUCUCUCUCUCUCUCUCUCCCCUCAAUUCUCUGAACCCAAUAGAUGAUGGCGACGACCACCAGAGAGGCACGACGACGUCGCAUCGUGGACAGAGGGUUGGACCGCUUGGCCCUCAUCACCGGUGGAAUCAAUACCCUACCAUCUUCUUCUUCACCAUCAACCAUCAACCACAAUCACGACCAACCAAUCGGCUCAGAUGCCGUUGAUGAUAAAUCCUCCAGUUCUUCAUUGCUGAUGCAUGAGUCUGCCAGUGAAUCAGGUGAGAUCAAUCCCGCUGUUGGCAAAAUUAGAGACCAACUGGUUUUGUGUAGAUGUGAGACAACCAAUGAAGAUUUAAGAGCUCUUUCUUGGGAAGUCGAAAGCCAAUCACAAUCAUCUCAGGUCUUGUCACCAGUUCAAGAGUCACCUAUUUGCUCUCCUGAUACAGAGUGUCGACUUGAACCACAAGGCCAUCGGGCUAGAUUCUUCACCCCAAAACAAAUAAGUUCUGCCAUUAAAGCUACUGAGAGCAUACGCAUUUAUACUUCCCUAGCAGUAGCGAUCUUAGUAGUUCUAUCUUUUGUUGGAUUUCCCAUACUGGGAAGUCGCAGUAUGAAGAGCAUCUUAUUUUUCAAGCCACUUCAUCUGGUUUUGAUUACAAACAUGUCAAUUGUGCUUUCACGGCUUCUUUUAGAUAAAAAACAAGCAGGGUUAGAAAGGACUGACCAACAAGCAAAUAAAGUCUCUCCAGCAGGCGGAUAUGGUUUGGCUGAACAAGUAGGUAAGGCUUUGGAGUUGGGUUUGGUGCUUCAGAGAGUAAUGGGUGCAUUGUUCAUGGAUUGUAGUGUCUAUGCAAUUGUUCUAAUAUGUGGUCUUUCCGUGGCACAAAAACUCGGUUGGUGAAAUGUUUCAACUUAUUUUGUCAUGUGUCAGUUUAUAGUCUUGUAUGGUAUUUAGUCAUGUAUCAGUUUAUAGUCUAGUAUGGUAUUUAGUCAUGUAUCAAUUUAUAGUCUUGUAUGGUUUGGCUCCUUUGUGAACUAGCCAACUCUGCUUUGAGUGACACCUCUCCAGUUAGCGUAUUUUUAAUUUAAGCAUGGUUUCAAUA